AUGGACCCCUCAGCCUGUCGGGUCAUAUACAUAGACGAACGCUUCAACACAGAAAGAUGGAUCUCGAGGGAUGGAAUCGGUCCGGCGAGCUAUGACAAGAGAAAAUCCUCGUCGGCCGAUUUCGACGAGCUGCCACCAGAUCUGCAGGCAAACGUAAACGCAUUUCUCAGUGUUUUCAAUCAGGUCUAUGUCUGUCGUUCGGGCAGGUCGUUUUCUGCUAAGCUUGCCGAAAUACACGAAGCGGUGUCCGGUGACUGCACUCCAAUCCUAGCAUGCUUCGAUGUCGGCUUCGAAAAGAAGCAAGACAUCCUCGGUCGGGCGCGUCCUCGCUUUGCACCAGAGUUCGAGUCACCUCUCCCCUCGCCAGGUCUGAGAAGAGAACUCACCUUCUCCUCCGAAGCCGACGAAUCAUACGGUUUGCAGCUACUUUCACGAAUAGCCUCAGACUUACAAGUGGAAGAGGGUGCCAAGCUCAUUAUACCUGUCGCUGUCGUGCAGCCCCAGCGUAAGGACUCUCAUGAGCAACUUUCGUUGCAAAAGAGUUUGGUCGCAAGAGCUCCGUAUGGGACCGAAACAGAACCAGCUGCAUUGGCAGACACAUCAGACAUUAUUGACCCUCAAUUGAUGUUGCAAUGUCUGGAGGCCGGAGCUUUGGAUGUGGUCAAAAGUCCCUUGGACAAAGCCGGUAUCAUGGGCCUGACUGUGCAUGCUUAUCGAAUCUACAAGAGUGCGAAAGCUGAGCAGUCCCAUUAUAUGGCUAGAGCUCGUGGUCGCGGCAGAAAACAAUCCUGGGUGGGCGUCGAUGAGGAGAAGCCGUAUGCUUAUCUUAGGGAGGCUAUGGUACGGAAGCUGCUCAAAGGCAUUUGCGAACCACAAGAAUUUAUUGAAGAUUACCAGCACCGUGAUCUCUAUAUUGAACCUCACAGAAGGGAGGUCGUCGCAAGCGAAGUUGGAAAAUGGAGUUUUAGUGGUCAAGACUACAGUGAAGAUGAAUUGGUCUAUGCUGGAUACUUCAUGCUCAAUCACGCCCUUCAGAUGCCCGAAGUCAACAAGUGGUCGAUGCCAAAAGAUAAUCUUUUGCGCUUCAUGCAGGGCUGCAGAGUUGCUUACAACUCAUUUGUGCUAUAUCACAACUUCAAGCAUGCCGUCGAUGUGCUGCAAUCAACCUUCUACUUCUUGUUGCAAAUAGGUCUACUUCCACCAUAUCCCGAAGGAUCUGCUCCAACACCACAUGCAAACGAAAAAUCGCCUAUUGCAAAGUUGCUUGGUCCUUUCGAAGCUAUGACAUUGCUCAUCUCUGCGAUUGGCCACGAUGUUGGACAUCCUGGUGUCAAUAAUAUGUUUCUCGUCAAGUUGAAUGCUCCCUUGGCGCAACUAUACAACGAUCAGUCUGUGCUUGAAGCUUUCCAUUGCGCCGCUUAUUCUCAGAUUCUACGAAGACAUUGGCCGACUGUCUUCCACGACAAAGCAAUCAGAAAACUAAUGAUCAGCUCGAUCCUCGCAACCGACAUGGGUUGUCAUUCGGACUAUAUGCAGCAGCUUGGAAUGUUACAGGAGAAGAUUCACGAGAGCAAAUCCACCGACGGAUGGACACCUAAGGACAUUGAGACAUACAGAGUGCUGACAUGCGGCCUGUUGAUCAAGUGUGCAGAUAUCAGUAAUGUUGCACGACCUUGGUCUGUAGCUGAGAAGUGGACCUAUAAAUUACAGGACGAAUUUGCACACCAAGGAGAAAUGGAAAGGAGUGUCGGCAUGGAAACGACUCUAUUUGGCGGUCCUCCAGAAAUUGGCAAUAUGUUGAAGCUGGCUAAUGGUCAGAUUGGCUUUAUGACCAUUUUUGCUCAUCCACUUUUCGCCAACGUCAUGGAUGUCAUACCCGCGAUGAGUUUUGCUGCCGACGAAAUACUCGUCAACAAGGGUGUCUGGUUUACACGGGCUGAGCACGAGAAACAGAAACAAGUUCUGAAGGAACGAGGGGGUGUCGGUGACGGUGGUGUUAGCCCUCGGUCACAAAGUCCGGUCGAUCCCGCAAGAAAGUCGUAUUUCCCUUCGUCGCCACUGAAGGAGAAGACGGAAAGGAAGCAGCAGAACGGAGACAAGAGCUCGUCUCUGAGGCAAGUGGAAGCGUUGGUGACCCCUGGUGGAGAACCAAGUUCGAGCCCUGUCCUGGUCGGCCACAAAACCACCGGAUCAAACUCCGUUUCAUCCGACCACAACUUACCGCCUAACGGCACAUCACGAAUAGCGGACUCUCAGACUGCUACGCCAAGACAAGCACCUGCUGAUCUCGGAUCUUCGUCCCCCGAGAAUGUAAGUGAAGUGGAGCUGAACGACAAGUCUCGCGAUGAAGGAAUCUCAAUGAGGGCAGGCAGCACCGCUCUCCCUGUCAAGCAGAUGCAAGAAGCCCAAGAAGAUGCUGCCGAACAACAUGCUAGAAACUCGAUUGCAAGCUUCAAAUUUGCGACCUCAAAUAUCAAUGAACCAGUAAGGACAUAUGAUCCUAAAAGUCAACAUGAGAUUACCAAUCCGAGUACUCGAGCUAGCGCGCCAAUGAACGAUAUGGACCAUCAGCUAGCGAAGGCAAAUAUGGCACCGAUUCAGGGCAUCAGCGAACCACCCGAGAGAGCUGUCACAGAAGGAAGCCCAAACGACGGCGGAGAUGUGACCCCAACACCUUCGACAGAGGCUACCAGCUAUACGACUGGAAAUAGAAGUCAAGAAGCAUUUUCAUCGCCACAGACGACGUAUAGUCACAAUGAUGCCAGAAACCGUGCCACGAGCCAGCCUAUGCCGGCACUAACUCAGUCGUACAGCACGAACAGCUCUGACAGUACGAGUCGGCAGGAGAGCAAGCAAGAAUUUAGAACGACUGUAUUCAGUAAUGGUGACAGCACGUUUGAAGAGCACAGAGAUAGAAAGCUGAGCACGAGGACAUUAGGUAGGAAACGGUCAGAUCUAAAGAGGAGGCUGCAAUUCUGGAAGAAACGCAGUUCAGAUCGAAGUCUGCCAGAAGAGGCAAGGGCUAGUGGCAUUACACCAUGA